UUAAUUGACAAAUCUAUUAUCUUCUUUAAGGUCAGACAUGAGGCUCUGCUUCCUUAUUCUGCUCUGCCUGGCAGCAGCCCUGUCAUCCGCCUUUGUGAUUUCACCUCCACACAUGUGGACCAAACUGAUCCUGACCCACCACUGGCCCACCACCUUCUGUAGUAUGGAACACCCAGCAUGUCAUCCCAACAUUAGCUACUGGACACUACAUGGACUCUGGCCAGAUAAAGGGAUUGACUGCAAUUCAUCGUGGCAUUUCAACUCUUCUCAAAUAGAGGACCUGCUUCCAGACAUGAAGACGAGUUGGCCUGACUUGCUUAACCCCUUGUCUGCUUCUUUCUGGAAGUAUGAGUGGCACAAACAUGGUACAUGUGCAGCCAAAGCACCUUCUCUGAAUAGUCAACAUAAAUACUUCAGUAAGGCACUGGAACUAUACCAUAAAGUGGAUUUGGACAGCAUCCUGAAGAAGUUUGACAUCACCCCUUCAGAAAAAUACUACAAGCUUUCACAAAUUGAAGGAGUCAUAGAGAACUUCUACAGCGUCAAACCUAAGAUCCAAUGUGUCCAUCCAUCAAAGAAUGCUGAUUUCCAGAUUUUGGGGCAGAUUGAGAUCUGUUUCAACCCCGACUUCACCCUCCUGGACUGUGAGAAACAGUUUACAAUGGAGACAACAUCUAAGGGAGACUGGGACAAUCCCGUUGCGGUUGACAAGGCAUCUGGGUUCAGUGUGUGUGACCAUGAUAUGCCAGUUUACUACCCACCUCUUCCAUAAAACGCAUACAUGUGCAAACUGAAACGCAGAAGCGCACUACGACCUUACUUAUACACACACAAAGAAAACAUACAAACAAAUUAACUGUACUGUGAUUUAACAUGUGCGCACAUACUGACAAACUAUAAUUCUAUUUUUCUCAGGCUUCACAAUGAACAUCAUAACUGCAAUGAUAAUGUAUGUCAAAAAUACCCUUACACAAUCUGUGCAGUCUGAAAACAUUUUUUAACUGCAUUGAAAUUCUGUCUGUGACAGGUACUUGAAAAAGAUCUCCUGUGCAAGGUUAUUUUUAUAUCCUACAAAAACCAGGACACACACUCAACCACUACUUAGUGCUUUAAUGGAAUUAUGUCCCUUCCUGACCCUCACUAUUAGAUGAAUCCGAUAUAGAGCACAGCAUGUUUCUUUUUUCUUCAGCUCAGGUCAGGUCAGGUCAGGCUGGCGGGCCGGCAGAUGGACACUUUGUACAUUGUUGGCAAAUGAGUGGAGCCUUACGUCAGAUUUGCAGGUGACUCUUACUUAAUGUUAUUGGUUGUGUAGAUGUCAAAACAUAUAUUGUGACAGCUGGCCAUAUUUUAUACCACAUUUACGUGCCACCUAUUAAGUGCCAUCUCUUUUUUUGCGGGGUGAUCAUAUUUUUCCUUAUUAAAUAAAUGCUUCUUCCACAUUAUAA